CUCGAGGGCUGACUCGUUUGAUACUCUCCCUGCACAUCUGCCAAAUCCCGCCUUGGUUGAAAUUCGAAGGUUUCGCAUAAGUUAUUGCGCAAUCGAAGAGGUCCGCGCAUUGACGUCAACGCGACCGCGACGCGUCUCGAUUCGCCACUGAACCCACUCCAUCUUGAAUUUGGGAGAUCGGCUAGACGAUGGAAUCCCCAUCUAUCACACAAUCUGUCACGCAACCAAACUCGAAAUACUACGCUAUUCACCAGCCCAUUGAGUUCCGCGGCGUCUACCGAGCAUGGGAUGAAGUCAAGAAGCGGAUUGAUACCGUGACCUUCAACAGAAACAAAUCAUUCACAAACCAGGAGGAUGCUGAGUAUUGGGCCCUGCAUGGAGUUGUUCGCCCCAUUCCGGAAGGAGAGUCUCCAAGACGGCCUUUACAAUCUGCACCACCGAGGACGCAGCAUGGAUCAGUUCGCCCUACUGCACAAGUAGAGACUCCAGUAUUACCGCUGCAGUCUUUGCCGCAGAAUCAGUGGCAAAGGCCGCAGGUUUCUACUCCUGGGCCUGCGACUUUCCCGGUAAAACGUGAGCGUGUGGAUGCAGUCCAGCAGGAUGAAAAGAGACACAACAGCACUACAAUCGAUGUGACUGACCGGAAUGGUGGCCUCAAACUCGCGGAUUUCGAACAAGCUUUGUGUACGCCUUCUUGGUAUGCUGUCGCCAGAGGCAGACGGCAGGGUCUUUACAGUGAUUGGGCUGGUCCUGGUGGAGCGCAAGAGCAGGUCGAUGGAUUCAAAGGAGCCGUGUUUAAGAAGAUCUCAGGCCGCACGGCAGCUGUUAGCUAUUUGUGCUCAUCCCGUGUGCCUGAGUCACAAAUUCGACUCUUCGCAAGGUCGUAUCGGGCGUUUGCAGGUUCUACGCUCAAGAUUACGUUUAACGAUGAGUGGAAGCUCUACGCAGCAACCCAAACGACCUGGAAUCCGCAUGAGAGCCGCAAAGAAAAGAUUGAUGCCAUAUAUGCUGAACUCAUCCGUCACUACCUGCCCGGCGGGAUAUCAGAAAAUCAGAUAGAUGAGCAUGGAGAGAUUGUCCUCACAGAUGAUCAGACAUUGACUAUCUAUCAAGGCAUGUUGCGGGCGGCGAGGAAACAGCCCGGUGUCUCCAUUCACGACUGCCUACUUGAGUUCAAAGCUGCACCUUACGUGAACAUCAUCGACUUUAUCGAUGCGUAUCGACAGAAUGAGCAGGUUAGAAUUUUCGCAAAGUGGGAGGAGUUCAAGUCAUACUCACUCGAUCCGGGCCACAAGAUCGAUGUCAUGUAUGCGAAGGAGAACGAACUAUUGGCACCGCUCUUGCACAAUCUCUCCAAGGGCCCGGAUUCUGGCAAUCCCAUUUCCGUUAGGAAGCGUUUUGAGAAAAAGAGGGCGCUGAAGAAUAGACCGACGAAGGGCAAGGAAUCUGCGGAACAAACUCCUGAACCCAGGCCACAACCGGCGAUUGCAGUCCCAGCUCCCGAGCCAGUUCUUGGUCCUUCAGAGAUGCUGGCUCGCUGGACACCAUCACCGCCUAGUUCUUUCGCCUCGCAGCGUGAACCAACCACACCAGCAUUCGAUCAUACAGUCCCCCAUCCUGAAGAAGUGGAUAAACCAGUGCUCGACAUACCUGAGAUCAAACUCAACACAAGAAGUCCGACCGCAGCUCGCACACCAAUAUCAAACUCCCCAGCACCCAAUCCUGCAGAAUCAGACGUCCCAGCCGUCGACCCUCCUCCAAUCGAGCACGACAUACAGAGCUUAGCACCACCAGUGUCGUUCUCAGUCUCCACAUCCGACUACGGCGAAGUAAUCGAGCUAACACAAGACGACCUGGUCGAACAACCACCACCCCCACCACCACAACCCGCAGAAAAGACAACAGCCCCUCCCCAACCCUCCCCAAUAAUACCAAGCUCAGCCCCCGCCCCCGCUUCGCCCUCCCUCCCCAUACUCCCCCCUUCCUCCGAACGCCCCGACGAACUGGACCUCGUACAAGCCGACUCCAUCCCCCAGACCCCGCCACCACCCACAGAACCGCACUCAUCGCUGCCGAUGAGAUCGUCUGUACGACGGAGGCUGCUCAUGGUUCUCAUCCCGGUUAAACAGCAGAGCACGCCCCCGGCGCAUACUCCGUCGAAGCUUAGUAAGCGCGGGAUGGAUGAGGUGAGGCUGGAUGGUGAGCGGCCGAGGAAGCGCGGGAGGCCGGCGAAAUUUAGGGAGGGUGCUGGUUGGGUGGGUUGAUGGGGGUUCUUGGCUUUGGUCUUGGGGUUUGGUGUAGAGAUUUUGUGGGAUCUGAUGAGGUUGAUGUGGAUUGCUCAAGGUUCGCUUGUUCGAGGGCCGCGGGGAAGUGGCUGUGUGGUUGUCCAGGCAGAGAGGCGCUAUGAUGGGCAGCACCAUCUGCGUUCGAGAGUGAUAGAUAAUGUGGUGAUGAGUCAACAUCAUUUUGUCGUCUGAUUGAUACCAUUUUUACUGUAUAGCAGUUCUACUUGUUGCCGAAUGGUUCAACUCCAUGCAAGCAGCUAUUACUUGGUAAUGGCAGAUCACUGUCUAUCC